GGAGCCUAGAAGUUUUGAUGGCCUUUAACCGAGGGGGAAAGAAGUUUCAUGCCGCAGAUGGAAAGAGCUGAUAGGGGGGGAAAGCAGUUUGGGACAAGAGGAUUCCCUCCAGGGACUGUUAACUGAAAGCAGACACCAUGAACUGGGGGAUCUUUGAAGGGCUCCUGAGUGGAGUGAACAAAUACUCCACUGCCUUUGGGCGCAUCUGGCUCUCAGUUGUUUUCAUCUUCCGGCUGCUGGUCUAUCUUGUGGCUGCUGAGAAAGUGUGGGGUGAUGACCACAAGGACUUUGACUGUAACACAGAACAGCCUGGCUGCCCCAAUGUCUGCUUCGACCAUUACUUCCCAGUCUCCCACAUCCGCCUCUGGGCUCUGCAGCUCAUCCUUGUCACCUGCCCUUCCUUGAUGGUUAUCAUGCACGUCGCCUACAGAGAAGCAAAAGAGAAGAGGUUCAGGGAGAAAUAUGGAGACAAUGGCCGGCGGCUCUUUCCUGACAUAGGCAAGAAACGUGGGGGCUUGUGGUGGACCUAUCUCAUCAGCCUCCUCUUCAAGGCCGCCGUGGACAUCUUGUUCCUCUUAGUCUUCUACAUCAUCUACCCAAAUUACACUCUCCCCCUUGUGGUAAAGUGCUUCCAACCACCUUGUCCAAACAUUGUCGAUUGCUACAUAUCCAGGCCCACGGAGAAGAACAUCUUCACCCUGUUUAUGGUUGUGACAGCCUGCAUCUGCAUUCUUCUCAGCCUCAUUGAAGCAUUCUACCUCAUUGGGAAGAGAUGUAAGGAGAUCCUUGAGGCCAGAAGUGAAAGGUACCACCGACACCGUAGCGGGACACUUAUUCACAAGGACUCUAGCUCUCUUUCCUCCAGUCAACACGAACCCUGUGAAGUGGGCGUACAAGUCUUCCAUGGGACAGAUUACAAACCGGUCACUGCGUCUCUAACAAGCAGCUCCCCAUGUGCUAAGACAAAACAUGAGAAAUUAGGGUAACAAUGCCACCAAGUAAGAAGGGAUCGCCGCUAACAGAAGCCGUGUCCCUUCAAUCUCAUAUCGGCACCUUCUUUGACGUGGAUGUGAUAUGAGAAAUGGCGGGGAGGGGGGAUUAAGAUGAAUAUCAGUCUAAUUUAGCCUUUGUCCCACACUCCCUUAUUACAUAACCCAGCCCAAGCUCUUCAGUUAAAAAAACCCUUCUGUGUCCUCUUGUGCUGAUAUUCCUUAAUAUUGUCAUGUAUAAGGCCAGAGGCAGGUGCUAGUUGUCUUCAAAUAACUAAAAGCACACUCAGAGAGAUUUGUGCUUGUGCUAUGGGCUCUACAAAGCCUGUUAUUCUUCUAGUAAAAAGGAAAUUGUAGGGCGAUUGUUUUUGGUCUACAGAGAAUGCUAUUUUGGAAGUAGCACCACCUAUCGCAUCAAAUUAUAAUGAUACAAAAAUGAUCUCUAAACGUGAUUGACAGAGAUUGGCAACACUCACUUUGUGUCUGAAGAGGGAAUGCUGUACAAUCUUGAUGCUUUCAUACCAUGACAACCAUAAAACUUGGCUGGAAAUGUUUCUUCCUUUUGAGGGUCAGAGAACCAAACAAGACAAAGAUGCGGAGUGUUUUGUAUCUGCAGCUCAGGACUAUGGUGUAAGCUAAGAGAGACUACACUUUCCCCAAGCACCAUUUUCCUGGGCUAAAAUGGCCCCAAGGAGUUGCCUGUAGAGAAAUGUAAGAAUUCAGAUAUGGAUACCUGCAUCUUUGCCACGCUUGGACAAAGACAGGCUCCCCAGUGGUGCUUUAGGUCAGGAAAAAUGGCAUGAGGGAGAAGUUUAAAUCUCUCCCUCUCCUUGUGCCUAUGUCUCCAGUCUGCAUCCAGGUCCCAUGCUCCUGAAAUAACUAAGUUUUUAACCUCCAGACACAGAACUCCCAACAUCUUGUCUGAUUUGGACUUCAUUCUUUGGGCAAAUUCAGUAACAAGUUUUCCAAAAAAAUUCCAAAGGAAAGUCAUCUGAUUCAGUGAUUUGGGGGGCAUGUAUGCACAUGUGCAAUCAGAGAGAUGCAUAGGCUAGCCCUCAGGAGCAGGCAGAACUAUGACAGAUAAGGAACCAUGCAACUUAAAGCAUUCCCACACGCAGGGCUUUUUUUCUGGGAAAAGAGGUGGUGGAACUCAGUGGGUUGC